AUGGCAGAUGACAAGAGUCCGAGCCCGAACCAGGGACUCGUAGCUGAAACUCAGUCUCCUCCAAGAGAAGAUCCCUUGGAAGUUGACGAAGAGGAAAAUACGAUCAAGAACGGCCGCCGGUAUCAUGCUUUUCGUGAAGGUGCCUAUUUCGUGCCCAACGACGAAGAGGAGCAAACGCGAAUGGACUUGGUACAUCACAUUUACUCUCUCAUGCUAGACGGUGCUUUAUUUUUGGCGCCUAUUGGUGACCAUCCUCAGCGUGUUCUCGAUCUGGGAACUGGCACUGGUAUCUGGGCGAUAGACUUUGCCGAGACUCCACCAAAUUGUCGAUUUGAAGUAGACGAUUUCGAGGCUGAAUGGCUUUAUCAUACGCCGUUCGACUUUAUCCACGCACGGGAGCUAGAAGGCUGCAUUGGCGAUGACGAUCGGUUCUUCCAGCAAGCCUUACAACACCUAGCUCCUGGCGGCUAUAUCGAAAUGCAAGCAGUUGCGGCGCCGUUUUUAUCAGAUGAUGGUACGGACGAAAAGGCCGUCAACGCCCAGCUAUGGUUAAAGACGCUAUGUGAGGGAUCUGCCAAGUUCGGCAAACCAAUCGAUUGUGCUCCUCUGUGGAAGGACAAGCUGAUAGCUGCUGGCUUUGAGAACGUACGGGAAGAGAUACGCAAGAUGCCACUCGGGUCGUGGCCCAAAGACCCGAAGCUCAAGGAAAUUGGGAAAUAUCAGUCUAUUCAAGAGGCUAAGGCUAUUGAAUCAUACACACCGCAGAUCUUCUCGGCCGUGCUUGGUUGGACACAGGAGGAAAUACAGGUUUUUAUGGCAAAGGUCAAGAAUGAGAUCAAGGAUCCUUCAAUUCACCUCUAUCUUCCUGUUCAUUUCCUUUGGGGAAGAAAACCAGCGUCUUGA